CAGAAGCCGGGACGGGCGGCUGAUGUUGAAGCGCAGCCAUGGUCUGGAAGAAACUGGGCUCCGGCAAUUUCUCCGACUGCCCCAAUGGCUCCCGCCAGUGGAUAUGGGACGUGUUUGGCGAAUGCGCCCAGGACGGCUGGGACGAGGCCAGCGUGGGCCUGGGCUUGAUCUCCAUUGUCUGUUUUGCAGCAUCCACCUUCCCCCAGUACAUCAAGGCCUGCAGGACAGGCAACAUGGACCAGGCGCUGUCUCUGUGGUUCCUUUUGGGCUGGAUCGGAGGAGACUCCUGCAACCUCAUUGGCUCCUUCCUCGCUGACCAGCUGCCCCUGCAGAGCUACACGGCGGCGUACUACGUGCUGGCCGACCUGCUGAUGCUGGCCCUCUACUUUCACUACAAGUUUAAGAAGCGCCCCUCUCUGCGGUCUACCCCCAUCAAUUCCGUGCUGCUCUUCAUCCUGGGGGUGGUGUGUGCCUUCCCGCUGCUGAGGACCACUGGCCCGGUGGCUGCCCCGAGGGAGGUCUUCCGGGGCCGCACGCUCCUGUCAGUGGAGCCGGGCAGUAAGCCCUUCACUCGGCAGGAGAUCAUCGGCUUCGCCAUCGGCUCCGUCUCCAGUGCGCUCUACCUGCUGUCCCGGCUGCCUCAGAUCCGCACCAACUUCCUGAGGAAGUCAACGCAGGGCGUCUCCUACUCGCUGUUCGCCUUGGUGAUGCUGGGGAACACGCUGUACGGGCUGAGCGUGCUGCUCAAAAACCCUGAGGCGGGCCAGAGCGAGGGCAGCUACCUGCUGCACCACCUGCCCUGGCUCAUGGGCAGCCUGGGCGUGCUGUUGCUCGACACCGUGAUCUCCAUACAGUUCCUGGUGUACAGGGACACGGCCACCUCCUCGGAGCGUCAGCCCCUCCUCCCCAGUUGACCCGGACCCAGGCCAAGCCCGGGACUACGGGGCCCUCCAGAUGCCGCUCCCAGGAAGGGUCAAGUGUGGGCAGACAAGGUGCUGCUGACUCUGGACUGGCCGUGGAGGUGGCCGGGGGCGCCUUGAGGGCCUGGCCCAGCCGCCGCCCCCACCUCGGAAACCUGGCCGACUCUUCCAGGAACCCUGACUGGCUGACUCUUCAGGGAGCGGGGAGCGAGAGGGGUGCAGGGGCCAGCCCCCCCCCCCCGAGUCUGAGGCUGCUGUCCUUGGGAGCCUCGAGGGAGGGGCUGCAGAGGAGACCUCGGCCCCUCCGAAGGCAGUGGGCGCCCCUCAACCCACUUCCCUCCAUCUGCCUGCACACCCCCUGGAGCGGGGUGCAUCUGCAGCCGGGUGUCCCCAGGACUGUCCCGUUGACUGCAGACAGCCCAGUAAACGAUACCUCCC